UUCAUUCGACCUGCCAAGCUGCUCUAAAGAAGAAGCACCAGUCAUUUCUCCAGACUGAGUUGGCUUGGCGUGGGCGUUCAGCCGGUUUUCUCCAUCACCUCAAGAAGGCUUUGCUGAUCAAAUUUCUCCAUGGCGUGUAUUGAAAAUGUCCUUGGAGGGCACGCCCCUUCACCCACAGCAGUAGCUGCCGACGAACACGGGAACCCGGAGCUGCGCCCCGGCGUGCGCCUCCCGUGUCCGAGUUCCAUGCACAAGGAUGAUGCGGAGUCCUGGGGCCUCCCUCGCGCCCCCCUGAGACCUCCCUUCAAUGUACUGACCGAUCUGGCAAGAGAGCAACUGGAGCGUCCCUCAGAGAGAACAGGAUCCUGCAUUCCUGUCGACGGUUCGAGAGCUCUCAAACCCCCCUAUGGGCCACCACCUGCUGUUGCGGAAGAGUCCCUAGCAACAGCAGAAGUAAAUAGCUCGGAGGGGCUGGCAGGCCGGAGGCAGAGGGGACAGGAUGCUAUUAAUGUGGCCCGGGAAUUCUCUGGCGGCCCUCCCGCACUGAUGGUGGGGGGGACGAGGGUCAGCAACGGGGGCACUGAGAGAGGUGGCAGUAAUGCAAGGUUAUAUGUGGCUUUGCCAAGGGGUCAAGGAUUCUUUCCAUCCAGGGGCUCUCCAGUAAGAGGCCCGCCACCUAUCCCCACCCUUAGAUCAGGGAUAAUGAUGGAGGUGCCUCCAGGAAGUACGAGAGUGACCUGCAAGGAAAGGUUGGCUCAUGUUUCUUUCCCACUGGGAGGCCCGCGGCACCCCGUGGAGAACUGGCCAAGGCCUAUGCCCUUGUCGUCCAGCACUGCAGGUUUACCUUCUUGCGCUACUGCCCAUUGCUUCAUUCCUCCUCGACCUCCAAGUUUCAAUCCAUUUCUCGCUAUGCCUAUGGCUUUUGCUCCUCCCCCGAUAUUUGGUCCUCCACUGCCUUCCUAUUUUGCCAAUUUCCCUUCCUGGGGAAUGCCGGCUCCUGCAUCCUCAAACAGAGAGAACAACUGAUGGCAAAAAAAGGAAGGAGGGGAAAAAAAACGGUUGGGAAAAGAGGUGAAAGUUACUCAUUUAUGUUUUUAUAUUUGAAACCCCCUACCCUCUUGCAGCCUGUUUAGCACUAAUGUGCCUUACAUACUUGGAAAUUCAAUAAAGGUUCUAAACUUUGAAA